CCCCGCGCAGGGCCGGGGUCGGGAACGGGAAUGGCGGGUUCAGGUCCCCCGGCUGCCACCGAAAGAUGGGACCUGAGGACAGGAGAAGUCGCUCAUCCAAGAGCCCCGGGGAAGCGGUGGUGUCUCGGCGCGUCAGCCACGGUUUCUGGGGGGUCCCCUGCAGCGCGCAGCCGGUUUCCGCCUCCGCAGCGCCCCGCCGGCGCGGACGCCGCCCUGCUCGACGCCUCCUGGCCGCCCUUCUCGGGCCGAAGCGCUGCCCCGCAGCCCCUCCCCACCUGCCGGCCCUGUUUUCUCACUGCUCCUCUCUGCUCUGGGAUCCGCAGGACGACGUCUGUGCUGGCACUUCUCUUUCAAAGCCACCAGUCUCCAGUUCCAAGUCCGGGCGCUCUUACCCAUCCUAAUUCUUUCAAUAAUCAGCGAAACGCAUGGGGCCCGUCCUUCUUCAGAUGACUCCUCCAGGGACUGUGAAUCCGCGGAGCCAGGCGCAGCCGUCGCCUGCAGGGCCUGCGGUCUGUGGGGACCGCCAGCAAGACGAGGAAUCACCUUCGGGAGGAAGGGUCGUGCUGGGGAGGGUUGCGCCGGCGGGGUCAAGGGAACCUCCUUUAGGGCGGGAAUCAAGCCUCCGGGCCGCGGUGUUUGAGGGUGAGUGGAAUUAAUCCCGUGAUGGACAUGGGGCCUUCUAAGGGGGACCAGGAGUUUGUGAAGAGGUGACUGGAGGGGUUCAGGGUGGCCAGAGGUGGAGGCUGUGACUUGAGCGAGGCUGGAUCAAGGGAGGGGGCAGGUGGAGAAGAA